UAUAAAUUGGCGUGGAGGACCGCACAUUCUUGCAUUCUCACGUCCAAGUCAGUCUUCGUACAUCCGAACGUGAGCGUGACAGUUGGCGUAGUAAGCAGCAGCAUUUUUGAGCUAGUGUAGUGUGAACUGAGUGUGAACUGAACUACUUUCAUUUCCUUCUUUAAAAAGGGCGUUAACAAAAUAGGCUAUUUUGCACUACCGAUUGACUUUGGUAUCGAGAGACGAGACGACACGACGCGCAGAGGAUCGGAUACUGCUAGAUUGGGACAGUUGGUGAAUUCAUCCAACUAUGGCCAGUGCUGAAAGCCAUGUGUGGGUGGGCUCCAUAGAGGGCCUUCCAGUGGUAAGCUCUGUAAAAGAGGCCGUGGAGUGGGUCCUGGCUGUGGCUGCAGAUGACUCAGCUCUGGCCAAAGAGAAACUAAACGUCAUCAUUGCAAGGCUUGGAAAGGUGGACAAGCUGAAAGGGAAAAAGUCUUCGUCGGGAUAUUCCUCUGACAGCACAUGUGCCAGCCCAUCACAGAGGUCGUCAGGAUAUUCCUCUGAGAGCACAUCGGGCAGCUCAUCGCCGUUUGGGAAGAAAUCAGCCAGCCUGCCUACAAUGCACGUGGAACGUAUUCCUGAAAACAACCUAGUGGCCCACAUAAUAGAAGUAACGGGCCAGAAGAAGAAAGGGAAACAAGCAUCUGAUGCAGCAGCCCUGGCUCGCAGAAAGAAAGCGCAAGAAGUUCAAAAGGAGACACUAAGGAAAAUUGAGCGUGUCAACCAAAAUUUUGCAAUCCCAAAUAAUGCUAGGCCUCUUGAUGAUUAUGGUGCAAGGUCUAGAAGGGGUGAGCAUGUCAUCAAUAAUGAUGUCAUUGUCGUUUACAGUAAAGUUGUAGAUCUUUUCAUGAGCAAGCGCUACAACCUACCAAAUGAUCUAAAUAUGACACGUCCCCUUGAUGAUAACACAGCAGCUGCCAUUAGGACUGAGUUAGUGGUGCAUUUUGAUGAAGAUGAACUGUAUAUCAACGCUAACGCACUGAUAUAUGGUGAAUACAUUAGGGUAUUGAAGGCAGCUCUUACAGAUUUCCUGACAACACCUACUCAGGGAAACAGACAUAAGGUGUCUGUCUUUGCAAAUCUCAUGAACGAGGAAGAGGCUUAUGUAGAUCCGUUUGCUAAAGUAAAAUGGAUCGGAAAUCAGAAUAGAAAAAGAGAACGAUUUGAGACGAUCAGAGAUAAAGUUGCAACCAUGUUCAACAACUGGGAUGGAUAUUUUGACAUUGUUAGAGGUAAACUAGACGAACUGUUUGGCCCUGUUGUACUGUAGGAAACUAGUAUUUUACGGCUUGCUAUUGAUAUUUCAUAUAGGGUCUAGGAAUUUGGGGAUAUAGUAUCCAGUUAGAAGAAUGUAUAGAAUGCACAUGCACAGUAGCCUGACAAUGUCAUACUCCCUGCAGAAAAAGAAUGGAGGCGGGGCUAAACUUCGGUCUGGCAUCCAGGCUACAUGCACAGGGACAUAGCUACACAUAAUUUCCUUAAUUAGCAGAAUUGCUUCACCUAGUCGGCCUGUCUACAAAGUGUGUAGUGCAGUGAGGACAAACACAUUUUUUCCAAAACUGGGGUCAGUGGUCUCUCUCUGUGAAAAAGUGUAACACACAAUCUCAAAUAAUAUAUCAGACUCAUAACAUUCUGUGUUAUUUCACUUCACUAUGAAGCAAAGUGUUCGUAAUGACACAUUACAACUUGUAACCGCAUCGAACAUCUUUUGGUGAAUGCAGUUUAUUUGUUUAUUCCAUUAUUUUUGGCAAAUGUGUGUAUCAUAUUUGUGAUUUUCUUUGGUUAACUUUGGUUAAACAAUAAAGGUGCUGGUGUGACAUGGUAUUAAA